UAAUGCGAGCCUUGUUGUUUCCGCUAAGAGAGGAACAUUUAGAAGUAUGGCUUCCACACAGGUAGCGCUGCUGCUAACGCUGCUCCUGGCAGUCGUCCAUGGGCUCUCUUCCUCAACUUUUGAAGAAUACCAAGAACUCUGGAUCAAGCCAAAGACGAUAUAUCUUGCUAAUGACAGAGGCGCUGUGAACGUCACCGUUAGAUAUGAUUCUCCACGGGAUGUAACCCCGUUAUGGUGGCUCAAUGGAAACCUCGCUGUGGAUGGUGAUGAAGGUCUUAGAACUGACGUGACCAAUCUCUUUUACGAAACGGCACACAAUGGGGUUGAUCAUUGGUACACGACGGCGUCAAUACGCAUACCAGAGUCCUUUAAUGUCACAUCACUUCAGCUGCAGUUGGCAGGGAAAACCAUCGACGUCUCCAUCAGAAUUACCGUAGUGACGCUAGCACCCGGGAAGUCCAUGUUGGAGUAUAUACCCAAGUACGAGUAUAAAGUGAGUCCAAAGGAUCGUGUCACCUACAACCCCGGAGACUCCCUUUUAUUCCGUACUUCCUUUGAAGCAAAGGACAUUGCCCGUGGCACGUGGGACGGACUUCAAGUGGAGUUCACCACCAUCGACAACUGCCUAAGCCCUCCACAAAUCCAGACCAAAACAGCCGUAUCUGACCCCGCAUUCCUUGCAGUCACCACCCCAACACGCGAUGAUAACCUCAAUCUCGACGAAAUGUUUGCUAUUGGAAAUCCAAAGUACAAUGUGCGACGUUUGAACGUGACCUACAACUCAUCCGAUGACCUACCCCGGGGAAUACUGAAACUCACCAAUGGGUACAGUUUAACAAGGUCAUGCGUAUUGUUUGCAGGGGUCAAGGUCACAAAUAUGGUGUUCCUCCAACCACCACCCGAUUCCUUUAUGUUUGCGGAAAAAGAGGUAGCUCUUGAACAGGUGAAGAAAAAUUACUAUGUUGAAAAUGGCAAGAACAUCGAUGUAGGAUUCAAGGCUGUCGGCGGGAGUGAGGCGAGUGAAGGUUGGAGGGAACCAUUGUAUGAAUAUCCGAAAAUCAGGCUGACAAAAAAGAAGCAGGCGGUACACCCAGUUGUUGAUAUUAAACGCUACUUCGAAAGAGAGGUUUACUUCCGGUUCCGGUCUGUAACUUCAGAACAAGCAGGGAAAUACUUGUUAGUAGCAAAGAUGAAGUCACGUAACGGAACAGGCAGUGCAAAAGCCGAUUUCAACAUCAAUGUCCUUAAUGUCUGUUGAUUAAAUAUUGGUCAAUUUAAUAAAUUUGAAUGUAUAAACUUGUGGUCAAAAGAAAGUAAUCACCCAUGUUUGAUGGUCAAUAAAAUGAAAACGAAGAAAA